AAAGAGCAACCUUUUGAAUUGCUUAUUGUGAAUGUUUCUAGAUGAUUGACUAAAAGAAGUAAUGUGACCAAUGGGCUGAACGCUGUUCCCGGAAGUGUCCAUGAUACUGUUGUGCAAUGUCGCUAUUUCUUCAGACGUCUUUGGUGAAAGCGGAUGUGAUUAUAUGAUCUCAUAGUUACGUGGUACACGUCUUCGAGGCCACAGAGUGGUCUUUUUUCUCCACAUCAGACGGGACGGGUUACAUAAUCGUUCUUUAUUAUUUUGGUGUAGAAAACGGCGGCGCGGACGAGGCCAGUAAGACUCCAUUGGAGGUUCUGUAGCUGCCCGUGGCUGCCUGCGCUGUUGCGGGCAGAGAGCUCGCUAGUACUGGUGGUGGGGGAAUAGUAGCUGCCUGUCUGCCCGCCCGAAUCGGUAGACCGAAAUCGAACCGGAGGCAGUCAGCCAUUAUUUAAUCGCUCGAACCCCCCCUCAUAUGUACUGAACGUAGUCAUGGCAACUAGGCGCCUGACCGAUGCCUUCUUAUUAAUGCGGAACAAUGCGAUCCAAAACCGACAGAUUUUGGCUGAGCAAGUGAGUACAUAUGAGCCCCGUCGUACUCUAAAUACACGUAGCAAUGCUGCGGAAUAUGAUGAGCUGGUUGAUGAUCGAAUGGCUCUGGUUUCUGGAAUUAGUUUGGAUCCAGAAGCUGGCAUCGGAGUCACUAAAAGGCUCUCACCCAAAUGGAUAGAGGGUGUGGAUGAGAUUCAGUAUGAGAUCACACGUAUACGUCAGAAAAUGAAGGAGCUGGCAAGUCUGCAUGAUAGACACAUGAACCGGCCCACACUGGAUGACAGCACUAAGGAGGAACAUGCCAUCGAGAUCACUACACAGGAGAUCACACAGAUGUUCCAUCGUUGUCAGCGUGCAGUAGUGGGGUUGCAGUCUCGGUCUGGUCACUGUACAGAACAGGAGGGGCGGUUGCUCAGAAACGUCAUCUCCUCAUUGGCACAAAGUCUUCAGGACCUUUCAACCAACUUUAGACACACACAGUCCAGUUACCUGAAACGCAUGAAGAAUCGUGAAGAAAGGUCCAAACACUUCUUUGACUCUGGGCCUUUGAUGGAGGAGGAUGAAGGCAUAGCACUCCAUGACAGGGGUUUUACAGAUGACCAGCUUGCUCUGGUGGAGCAAAACACAGUAAUGGUGGAAGAGAGGGAGCGAGACAUCCAGCAAAUUGUACAGUCCAUCUCUGAUCUUAAUGAGAUUUUUCGAGAUCUUGCUACCAUGGUGGUGGAGCAGGGUACAGUUCUUGACCGAAUUGACUUUAAUGUGGAACAAGCCUGCAUUAAAACGGAGGACGGAGUGAAACAAUUACAAAAGGCUGAACAGUACCAAAAAAAGAACCGAAAGAUGUUGGUGAUUUUAAUCCUGUUCGUCAUAAUCAUCAUCCUAAUACUUGUUCUGUUUAUGACGAAGUUUUAAUGAUGCUGUUUGUGUGUACAAAUCUGAAGGAGAGGCCUUUUGUGUGCACUUCCUGUGAGCCUUCUACUAUGAUUUAAACACUAUAUAAAGAAACAGCACCCACUAAUUGGUCGUCUUGUGCAGAAUUUGCAGAUAACUCCAGAAUCAUGAGCAGGGUGCAGUUUCCCCUCCUGGUAGACAGGCUUGGAAGUGAGCCGGGUCCUAUGCUUGAAUUUGUUGUUUUCCCUAGUUAAAGACUCAGUGUAUAAAAUGACAGCCUUUUAUUGAAAUCUGUUGUGCUACAGAAACACACAUGCCACCCAAAAGCUAGAAAUCUAGUCUGUCUCUUUCUUAUCCAAAAUCUUCCUUUCACUUCCAUUCCCUGCUCUCAAGGUCAUUUGUCAUUAACAAAAGAGGAAAACUAAAAAGAAAGAUGCUAAAACAAUUAGUUAAAGACCCUUUUACAAAGAAGUCAAAGUUUCUGGUUAUAGCGUUCUCAGUCCUGCACACUUAGUCCAGCACGCUUUCAAACACUUCCUGAACUUGAUUCCAGAAUUUGUUUGAUGAGAGAGAAAAAUAGGAAGAUGCCAUACAAAGUGGAACGCUAUUCUAGUAGCUCUAGUGGCAAAAUUAGUUUAAUAAGUGACCAAAAAUGUUUUCUUGAUCAUGAGAGACUUAUGUCCUGAACAACUCUCUUUGUAAGCACUCGAGCUUAAUGUCGAACUUCCGAUACACCAUAGCUUCAUGUCAGUGUGGGGUGUUGUCAUUGUGCCUGUGACAGUUGAAUGAGGUUUCUGAUAACAUCUAUGUAAUUUAUUACAAUUCUGAUUUACCAGUUCCCUGUAAUCUCCCCCCUUUUAAAUUAUUUUAGCUGAGCAAGCUAGUUGUAAGGGUUUGAAAAUGGGAUUGUGUUUGUAUUUAUUGCACCUGUCUGUGUCUGAUUAAUGACUCUGCCACCUUUGUCAAGCUGACCUUUGACCAAACACAACUCAGGUCUAUGUAUGUGACUGUACUACUGCUGUGUUCUGUACAAUAUGAAAUUAUAAUGAAAUUUCAGUUAUUUAUUUUAAACAGGAAAUAAUUCUAUAUGGUCAAAACUAUGGAGACACCUGACCGUCAUACCCACAAUUGCUAGCUGUACAUCCCAUUUUAGAUUUGGAAGGCCUGUAUGCACAGCCAGCUUUCCAAUUCAUCCCAAAGAUGUUCAGUGGGGUUAAGGUUGAGGAUGUGAGCUCUUCCAUGCUAAUAUUUGGCAGUGUGUUUAUGGAGCUCAGUUUGUGCACAGGGCAUUGUCAUGUUGUGACAGGUUUGAGCUAGAUCUGUGUAGUUCUAGGGAAGCAAACUCUUAAAGCUACAAUGUACCAAGGUAUUCUAGAUAAUAGUGUGCUUUUGGCACAGUUUUGGGCAAGAUCCACACGUAUAUGUGCUGGUCAGGUGUCCACGUGGUUUUUGGCCAUAUAGUAUUUAUCAAGUGUGCGUGUUAAAAGUUCUGUAUUCAGUGUAUGUAGGGAAAGAAUGCUUUUUGCUGUUUGCCUGUGAUUUAAAUGUUUUUUGUUUGUUUGUUUCAAGCAUUUAUUAUUCUUUUAUGAAGAGGUAUAUAUGUGCACCCAGUCUUUGAGAUUCCCACAUGAUUUGAAAAGGAUGGAUGUAAUCUAGUAUUAAUACAGCAGAUGUUUAUUUUAAGAUGAAGUGGAUUAAUUAAUUAAGGUUGCAGCAUCCAGGUGAGCGUUUGUUGAUUCCUGAGGUGGUGUAAAGAACUGUGUCAGUAUGAAAAUAUAUUGCAUAUUUUCUAAGGACUGAAUAAUGGACAGUUUUUAAGGAAAUUAAACAUAUUGAAGUAA